UUAACUCACGCUGUGUGAUUUGACAACUGUAUGGCUGCUUUGUGCGUCGGUACCGAGUUUCCCCAACACAGAAAACGGCUUCGAAAAGAAGAUAAGGCCUGGUCUUCGUUACCAGCUCGGUUAUCAGAGUUGACAUGGGGAGUAAAAUGUCCUUCGGCAGAGAAAGCAGUGACCAAAACACAGUCUCUCAGUUGACCUCGGAGACGCCUCUUCCUCACACUUUCAUUCACUCCUCUUCGGACUGCAAGCAGCUUUCUAAAGAUAAAAUAUGUGCUGAGAACAGCACGUGGGGAGGUGAAAUGGAAGAGACCAGUCUGAACCAGCCUGCCCCAGAAUCAAACUCAACUGGACUCCCAAUGCCUGUCGACCAAAUCGGCUCCGAAGCUGCAGGCAGAAACAAUUGUGAGCAGAGUGAGGAUGUGUCGUCAGAUGUGAGAACGAGCGCAGAACUGCAGCUGACCUCUGGGGCAGCCUGCAGCUCCACAACGGACAACGAUGAGCAACCUGUCGAGGGCCGCCGAAAACGUGGGAGGCCUAAAAUGAAACAGUCGCAGGCUCAAGACCAAAAAGAUUCAAAGGUCACCGGUCCCGACAUCGUUCAACACAAAGAGGUUAGCACCACCAUACCUUUACCAGAGAGUUUAGUCAACAGCGACACAGACAAUAUGCCUAACGCUGAAGAUGGUCAGUUAAUCAGUGCUUCAUCUCAAAAUGAGACCCUGACAGAUGAAGUAGGAGUUGCUGACACUUUGGCGGCAAAAAGAAAAAGGGGACGACCAAAAAAAUCAGAGGUCACAGCGUUAAAAACUGUGGCAUCUCCACCUAUUCCCCCUCCAGAGUUCAUCAACUCUGUGCGGAGCCUAAGGAGCAGAGGAGAUAAACAAACCCCAUCAGAGAGUGAAAACAAGAGCAAAGACGACCCCAGGCAAAGUGACACGGCUCCCACAGAAAGCAGCGCAUCUGACAAUCAUGGGGUCAGAAGAAGGAGGAAACAAAAUAAGCUUCAGAUUAAUCAUCAGGUUCCAGAGAAAGUGCCCAAGUUGGAUGAUUCUCAGGAGGCUGCAGCAGUGUUGAGCAACGCCACAGAGCUGGAGGAAGCCAAGACAGACCAACCGGUGGAGUCGAGCAGUGGCACACUUCAGACUGAAACGGAUGAAAACCGUGAACAAUUUUCUUCUAAUUCUGCGCUAGUACAAGAACAGCAAUUAACAGGAAGUCCGUUGGCAUCAAAAAUGCAGCCUUCUGAGCCACAGCCUGAAAUUACUCCGUCACAGGAUUUGAGCAGUUUAGAGGUAGAUGAACCCACUCAGCCUGAAGAAACUCCGUCAGCAUCAAACCCCCCCGAGUCAUUUAAUCCUCCAACCAAUGAAGACUUGCCGAGGACAGAGCCCUCUAGCACAAACGUCGUAACAUCCUCUGAAGAAACGCCUAAAUCUGUUGAAAGCCUUGCUAAUGUAAAAACUGAAAGUACCGAGAUAAAUCUGGAUCAUUUCAACUCAUUGUCACAGUCAGAUAGUAAUAAAUCUGUUCUCAACACUACAGGGAAAUCGGAGGAUUCAGUUUCUGGGGAGCGGGAUCCUGACACUCAACUAAAAACCGAUGUGCAGAAAGAAGACAGCGCCAACCUCAGCCCUAAUAUCAUCUACGUUAAGAAAGGGGCUAAAACAAUGCUGAAGUGUGGUUACUGCAAUCGCCUGUUUAAAUUUUUAUCUCAGCUUGUCGUUCAUCAACGUGUUCAUACAGGGGAAAGACCUUUCACGUGCAAUGAAUGUGGGAGAAGUUUUAGCAAAAAUUCAAACUUAAAUCUUCAUCUCAAGAUGCACAGAAAAAACAACACGUAUGAAAAAUGUCAGGUUUGCAGUUUAAAAAUCUUCGGGUCCGAAUAUGCCCAUCACAUGCGCCUUCACAGCUUGGAGCAUGAGGUUAACAACAAAACACCUGAAAAGCCAAGCAAAGUGGACGACUUUAAAGAUGGCCAAGAAGUUGAGAGCACGCCUACACCAGAAAAGAGAAAAAACGUUUGCCAGUACUGCAGUAAAUCUUUCUUGUUCCCGUCCGCCCUCACGAGGCAUGUUCGCACCCACACAGGAGAGAAGCCCUACAACUGUGAUAUAUGUGGCAAAGCUUUCGGUCAGUCUUAUUUCCUGCGUGUUCACGAGCUGACGCACUGGACUGUGAAGCGUUACACCUGCACACGCUGUGAAAAGUCCUUCGGUCAUUACAGCAAUGCAAAAAAGCACAGGUGCGUGCCAGUGAAAGGCCAUGACGAUUCGAAUCCCAACAGGCAGACGAAGCCUUCUCUGACGUAUACGUGCCACAUCUGCAAGAAAGUUUUCGACCGUCUGCAGGAGUUCAACCGUCACAUGAAAGGUCACACGGGGAUGAGGCUUCUUCGCUGCUUGUGCUGUGACAAGCUGUUCAGUGGGAAGUCUGAAUUCAACGAGCAUCGCAGUUGGUGCGCAGCGGACAAAAAUACCUCAAGUGCUUUUAUAAAGCAGGAAGGUACAAUGACGAUGAUCCGGUACAAAGUGCCUAUGGCAAACGGUCCAUCAGGGCCUAAUUCAGCUUCUGACACGGCUUCAAAUCAGGAACCAAAACGACAACAGACGCAGAUCCACCGUAAGAAGCGCCCCGCUAGCAUUGAGAAUCCAUUCCAGUUGGUGGUCGUACCGCCUCAUGACCUCUCGCACCUCGUAUCCAGGCUGAACCAACUAGACAAUAGAUCCGAUCCCAGGAAAUAUCUGUGUCCGAGCUGUGGGCGACAGUUCAGACACAUGGGCCGACUCCGAGCCCACAUGCUCACGCACGCCCCAGGUCAGCAUUACACUUGUACGUGCUGUGGGAAGAUGCUAAGAAGCUGGAAAGAACUGUGGCAUCACCAGAGAAUCCACCGUCGGCGAAGCGGCCGCUUCACGUGUCCACUGUGCGGACGAGGCUUCCGCUUCGUCGGGCCUUACAAAAAACACAUGAAGGAGCACCCCGAAUUCAAGUGGGUCGAACAUCGGCCUCGGAAGGUGUUCAAGCCUUAUCAGUGCGAGCAGUGCAGCUGCAGCUAUAAGACUCUAGAUCUGCUGUUCACUCAUCAGCACUGUCAUUCAUCAACGCAGGACGUGCACAAGAACUCUGAUUUUGACCUGUUCAUGGACGAUCACACUUCACAGUCGAGCAGUAAGAUGUCCAGCCCUCCCAGCAGCAACAAUCCCUGGAGCUCUUCAUGUAAAACCCCACACCCUGUUUGUCAAAAGUUGUCUCCAGUGCCCAUAGUUUCUUUUGCCUCUGCUCGGGGGCAUGAUGUGGAUAUUUCUACUCGGCAGCAUCCCAUCAAGAUACUUUCAGUCCCAGAAAGACAAACCAGUCUUGACAGAAUCAAAGAAGUCAGACCUGAAAAGUCCAAUAAACCAGGAAACACUCUGACAAAAACUACCAGCAGAUUACAGCCUGCAGGAGCUUCUGGUGACUUAAACUGUGCCGUGUGUGGAAAAGCAUUUUGUGCCAUUUCAGAUCUGUUUCACCAUUAUUUGCAGCAUGCUAAAGGCCAGGUGUGAAAACGUGCAUGGAAAUGCAGAUUUAAUGUAGUGCACCAUGUUCUGUUUGAAGACCGGCUGUAUUUUAACAAGUCGUUAGUGUUUACUCACAUCAUAUCCAUUGGGUUUUGUAAAGAACAAUUGGUAGAUGCCACUAUCUUUGAUUUAUUUAUUUUUUUAUCGUCAUAUGUGACAUUUUAAAUAAAGGAAUGGAAACUCUGUAGAUGGAGAGUUUUAAAACUUUCACAUUUGUCUAUUAUUCAGUUCAGCACACAAAAAUCUGAUGUUUUAUUACCUGCAGUAAAAACUGACUGAAAGGAAGCACUUGAAGCUGUGACUGGCUAAAUAACUGGAUAGUAUUUUUUAGUUUGAGAAAAGUGUUUUGGACUAUAUGAGGCGAAAGAAUCGAUGAUCUGUGAAGGGUGUGACUUUAAAAGAUGGUUUAAAAUCAUUAAAAGCAAAAGAGUGCACCUCAACAUGUUUAAUCUCUGAAUUUAUGAACAUUUUAAACCACGCAGGUGUUUUCUUGCCUUGAGUUUAAACCAUUUCAGUGGGAGAUCAUGGAAUUUAAUUUUUAUUUGUUCUACAUCAUGGGAACUUUUAUUUUGUAUUUUAAAAGGACUAUCAUCUUUGUACAUGCUCAUUAUUGUGAACUUUUACUUGAAAACGGGCUCAAGUUUUAGAAAAUAUCAGCAAACAUUCCCCCUCUGUCACAUCAGUGAGCUGCAUCUUUCACUGCUUUUGGAGGAAAAGUACAUUUUGGUUUUUGUCCUGUGAUUCUUGAUGGUUUUUUUUUUUUUU